AUGGUGCGGUCAAGUGGGACAUCAGCAGUAGCAUCGCCGUCACCGUCACCAGCUCGCACUGGUGCCGUUGCCAGUACUGCUGCUACUGCUGCUGUUACCGCACCUCGCGUUGGAUACCAACGUCCAUCUGCUCAGAAUAAUCACCACCAUAACCACCACCCUCCCCCUCACCAUAGAUCUACCUCAUCGGCAUCGAUAUCGUCAACGUCAUCUGGGAAGGGGGUGACCGCCACAGCGGCUCCAGUGCAUGUGGUGUUAUCGCCCGGCUUUGCAAAGUUUGAAAAAGAGAAAAUAAUACCUUCUACAGCUCAGGUAGAGAGCUCGGAUAGUCGGCGUACUAUUAGGGGCCGUAGCAUUGAUCUUUUUGGCAUCUCCGGGAGCUUCGAUAACGAGGCAAAUCUUAUUGCGACAUCUCCCACCACCAUCACAAGCACUACUACCAAUACCACCACUAAUAACACACCUUCAACCUCGUCCACACCCACAGCUCCCCAAUCCAAUUCGUCGCCGAUAUCUAGGUUCCGCCCUGCAUUAAAAUUGCACUCCCACACAAACGACGCGGUUUCUCAGCUUUCUCCAGCAAGACGUCUUCCCGGUCCUGUUACUGCUAUUGCUGCAACAAACCCCUUUCCAUUAAGCUAUCCCGGAACGAAUUCUUCCAUAACUACGCCAUCGACUGGAACAUCCGAAGGGUCUCAGUUCUGGAAAUCGUCGCCCCCGCGGCCUCGACGCACGAAUCCCGCUGCGCAAUUAUUCAUCGCUACCUCGUCCCCUGCUCCUUACUACGGGAUCAACAAUACUCCCACACAACAUCGCAGCAGCAACGAGGAUCCAUCGCUUCUCCCCGCGUUCGCGCCAGAGCCGAAGAGUUCGGUUUUUUCGCCCACUGGUUCAGUGAAGGCAAGGGAGUCGCCGAAGGCCAAAACAAGGGGACACAGGUCGCCUAGUCAGAAGGCGAUGUUAUCAUCCGCUCUGCAAAAGGCCAACACGGCGGUCACGCUUGACAAUGCAGAGAAUUACGAGGGCGCAAUGGUGGCAUACGGGGAUGCUUGUGCGUUACUGGAACAAGUAAUGAGGAGAGCUGGAGGAGAAGAGGAUAGGAGAAAAUUGCAGGCUAUACAACAAACAUAUACCCAGCGUAUCGAGGAACUAAAAGCGCUCGCCCCACGGAACGCGACUGCACAAAAACAGCUCCCCGCGCGCCCGCUCACAGAGGAAUACACAGAUCGUGAAAGCCUCUUCACGCUUGACGAUGACGGCGAAUCGACAAUAAUAAUUUCAACCGCUACAGCGACGCCUGUCUUUGGUAAGGGGCGCUAUGGGAAUGGUGUGCCACAAAAUAAUACCCCUGUACCUCCGAGAACAGAUUCAUUAUAUCUAGGUUCAGAAAACUUGAUGCCUCCAAUAUCGCAUGAGACCGUACUACCACUACCAAUAUCUGUAUCAAAUAGACGCUCAGCCGAACUUAUACCUCCCCCGCAACUGUCACCAGUGAUAUACGCGCCCAUAUCACCCAGGAGAGAGGAUUUCAUGGAGGGUGAUGGUGAUGUGAUGACAAGAUCGUUUAUGGAGCAUAACAAUCGGGAGUCAUUCACAUUUGGCGCCGCUGCACUCUCACCAAGGUUUUCGCCGCAGAAGGAACGGGAUUAUGGGAUUCGGAGAUCGGGCUCUGAUGCUUCUUCAAUUUCGUCGAGGCGGUCCUCACAUCGACAGUCAAAUAUGAGCAAUUUGUCAAAUACUACGCAUUCCCGACAAGGAAGUGAGGUGUCGACGAGUUGGCUGAACACAAUCGAUGAAUCCGGAGGAUCGGUAUCCGGAGAGUCAUCACCAGGCUGGACGAGAAAAAAGCCACGGCGGCAGAGUGAAAGGGAGAUGCGGCUGGAAAGAGAGAGACAGAUGCGGGAGUUUGGGGAUGAUUUUGAUGCACAAAUGGAUGCUGCUGUGGAGGCGGCCUACGACGAUCCUUACGAAGUGGACUACACAUACGAUCAUUCAACCUACGAUCGGGAUGAGGAAAUGUUAAUGAUGAAAAGCCCGCGUUUAAAUGUGGAACGUGCAAAGCAACGGGUGCGAGAGGUUGAACGGGAAAUGGAAUUGGAGAUAGCCAGGGAGAAGGAACGGAAGUUGGAAAGAGAGCGAUUGGGGUUGGUUGAGCGACGGCGUCACUCGGAACUGGAUUUCUUUGACGAUGGAGAUGAUGACGAUGAUGACUCAGAGGAUGAGCGCAUGUUGGAGGAAAUGACAAGAGGGUACACCCUGGAUGAUUUUGAAUUCAAUUUGGACUCAAAAACAGCGUUACCUAGAGAAUCAGGGGCCUCAUAUUCCGAUUCGACGCUUCCUGUGCGAGAAUCGGGAAGCAGUGGAUAUUCAGGGACGACAUGGGCUAGUUCUAUUGGGUCUGCGCAUAUGCUUAAUGUUCCUACGCCAUUAUCUACAGUUGAUGAGGCGCCUUCUACGCCACCGCCAUUUCAAUCACCGCCGUCUAUACUACCACAUCAAAGUCCUUCUCCAAAAUAUAGACCUCCUGCAUCUGUACAUACGGAACAUCUUCCAUUGGCUCCCGCUCCCCUUUCCUUCUCAUCUAUUAAAAGAGAAAUAACGGAGCCAGCCCCAAGCCUCCCAAUCCCUAACAUUGCUUCAAUCCCUAGUUUAUCUGUUUCAAAGUCUUCUAGCGUUAGGUCCCGCCGGCUCUCCGCAUUAUCAGAACCUCUGAAAAUUGAGACAUCACCGUCCGGCAAUGGCUCCUCAAUUUAUGGUGUUGUUCCCACAACUAUAGUCCGCGGACCUUCUCCAUCUGUACCAAAUGUGGAUUCUGAGCUUUCUAUGGAUUACUCUUUGUUACCACCCCCGCUCACUCCACCUUUAAAUAUCCCCCCUAAAACCGCAGGUGCAGCUAUUCCCUCACGGCCGAGUACUUCUUCUGAACUGAGAGAUGGACCAAUACCGACACCACCAGCAACAACAGCCGGAAACUAUACUGGAAGAAACCUUCACUCUCCAACUCCGUCGAGCUUGGAGCCUCCUGGUGGGAUCACCUCUGGAAUCAUCUCCGCAGUUACUAUGAAUAAAACGGUUUCUGACGACGAAGGUUCAGCUUCUCCAUCCAGGUUUACGGCAAGGAUCCCUGGCCUCCCGGGUGCACUUAGGCAAAUUCAAUCAUCCGCGAGCUUGAAGAGUCGUACUUUAGCAUCUCCAGAUCAGGAAUCCUCCCCCGUAAAUUCCAGCAGUGUAUUGUUUUCGUCCAGUAGCACCUCAAAUUUGCGGAAGGCGUUUCCCAGGAGUGCUACGCCAGCUACACCAAGCAUUGUCCCAGGGACGCCAAUAGGGCUUCCGCCCACUGCUGGACUCCAGGCUGGAGGAAUGCAUCUGUUUGAAAGCAAACUUCAUUCGCCUGCUACUCCGAGCAGCGAAGAUCACUUGGCGGCCGGUCAGCCCGUCCCGCUUGAACCAUGUCCGGGGGAGGCUUUAAGUAAACCAUAUUGGCUGAUGAGGUGUCUCUACCAAACUGUGGUACACCCAAGAGGCGGGUACAUUUCAGCGAGAGUAUUUGUGCCACGUGAAGUCUGGUUCAUCAAAGGCGUCAAGAUCAAGGCUAUCGACGACAAGAUUUCUUGCUGCGACCUUGUCAGCGCUGCAUUGGGAAAACUUGCAACUGUAAACCAGGACAAUGUUAACGCCAUCUAUGAAGAGAUGCAAUCCCUUGAAGGUGUCCUUGACCGUGUUCAGGCGGUUCUCUCAAAAAAGCUCGGUAACGAUGUUGGGUCAUCUGGUGCACGUGCCAUGUAUGGCACCGAUGGGUCUAUUCCAGAGAACGGAAAUUCAGACAUGAUAACCAAGAGCACUGGUGUCAGUGGUGGAAAAAGCUACUUUUCGUUGAGAAAGCUGAGGACAAAAAACUCCAACACAGCUUUGAGUUCUUUUGGAAGCUCCAGCAAUUUGGCGGGGGACUUCAAUUAUGCUGCAAAAGGGUUACCGAAGGCUGGGAACGAUAUUGCGACUCAGCCUGUAAGGAAUUUGGAUGGGGUGACAUUUGGGGGACCUCAUGCAGCUUAUAUCGGCGCUCUAGCGAAGCUUUUUGAUGCUGCUCAGAUAUUGGACCGAUUGAAUGUUCUAGACGAUAACAACUCUGGAAAGAAGAUACCCAUGACUGUUAAGGUCGGUCUGGAAUUGAGUCACCGUCACGCCGCGGAAUUUUUCGGUUUCUAUAUCUGCCGCUUCGUUCUCACCGAUGUCACCUUAUUGUUGGACAAAUUCGUCAAGCGCGGGACCGAAUGGGUUUCUGCUCCCUAG